CGUGUGCCCAUGAGGUCGUUGCUGUUGGUGCUUCUGCUGAUUGGCGUCCAGGCUGUACUGAACAUGGGAGGUGUCCUGGGCCCGGUGGCAGCCAACCACAGCGCAGAACACCACACAGUAGCCAAUGGCAGAGCAGAACAGCAGCGGGCGGCCCGCCUCUCAGUGUCACCUCAGCAGGAGCAGCAGAUUCAGCAGAGACCCAGCCGGACCAGACAGGCCCACAGGCCAGCCUCUCUACCCCAGGACAGGAGCUCUUCCCUGGGCCACUCUGAGACAAGCUCCCCCUCUACCCCCUCCAUCCCGGAGGUGGACCCCAAACUGUUCAGCAAGCGACGCUACCACCCCUCACCGCGCGUCGUCUUCAGCGACGUACCCCCCUCUCACCGCGGCCUGGGGGGGGAGACGAGGGAAGAGGAGGGAGAGGAGGAAGUGGGGAGGGUGAUGGGUGGGGGAGUGAGGGUGAGGCGGAGAGCGGGGGGGCAGCCCAUGCACAGGGGGGAAUACUCCGUGUGUGACAGCAUCAGCGUGUGGUUGGGGAACCUGACCAAGGCCACGGACAUCGCCGGCAACGAGGUGGAGGUUCUACCAGAGGUGAAGAUAGACAACGUCCGCAAGAAACAGUUCUUCUACGAGACCACCUGCCGCGUGGCCACACCCCCGGGGGGCGGAGCUGGGGGAGGAGUUAUGGGAGGCGGGCCCAAGGCGGGGGUCAAAUCAGGGUGUCGCGGCAUCGACGGCCGGCACUGGAACUCGUACUGCACCAACUCACACACGUACGUGCUGGCGCUCACCAAGUCCAAGGAGCAGAUGGCGUGGAGGCUGAUACGCAUCAACGCAGCGUGUGUUUGUGUCCUCAGCCGCAAGUCCUGGAGGCACUGACCUUUAACCCCUGGGAAUAUGGACUAUGAACCCUGAACCACACAGUGCACACACCAUCAUCACUGACCUUUAACCCUUGGGAAUAUGGACUAUGAACCCUGAACCACACACAGUACACACACAAUCAUCGGCCAUCACUAGGGGUCGAGUAUGAUUGUUCUCCUGGUGGGUCUCACACACACACCCUUGAAUCACCCCCCCCCCCCCACCUCAGUCA